AGAUUGUAUGACCAGGUUUCUCUCUCUCUCUCUUUUUUCAGCUUCUCAUAAACACUCGAACAGGUUGAUAAGGAAAUCUGGACUGAGCUCAUCCCUGGGAUUGCUGACAUAUUGGUUGGAUCAAAGGCAUGUCACAGCCCACCUGGAAAACCGCCAGCCUGUCCCUGACCAUUGGCUCCCCAGCCAAUGAAGAGCUGAGCAACAGUAAAGCCCGUCACACCUAUUCCACUUUGAUCCAGCCAUUAUCCAUUGAUCCUCAAAGAAUGCAGAAUCCACCCCAGAUCCAGACUGGGUGUUCCUAUGAAGCAGCCCCAGUGUUCAUAAAGGGCCUGCAGAAUAUCAACGCCACUAAAGGCCAGCUAGUGGUGUUCGAAUGCCGAAUACAAGCAUCCCCCGCUCUCCAAGUUCACUGGUACAGAGAAUACAAUGAAAUAAUUGAUUCUGCAGACUUCCGAAUAUUAAGAAAAAAAGCUUCCUCAUCCCUGGUCCCGGAGGAAGUCUGCACCUUGGUAAUUACAGAAGCUUUUCCUGAAGAUACGGGAAUAUUUAGAUGUAUUGCUGAAAAUGAGUUUGGUGCAGUGGCAUCCAGUGCACAGCUUUUUGUUUCUGAAGGAAUGGAAGAGAUUGAAAGUUUCAAAGCAUCUCCCUCAUCAUCAGAUGUGAUGGCGUCAAUGCCUAUCAGCUCUGAACCAAACAGCCAAUAUAUGGCAGCAGGAAGAGAUGUCCAGAACAAACCUUCCAGUCUUACACCACAAAAACCUUCUAGCUCAGUAAAUCAGGUACAACACGAAAGUGCCUGGUGGCAGAACAGUGGUGAUGAGAUGAAGGAUUUCCAUACUGGCUAUGAACAGCCCUCGGAGAAUUCGUAUUCAUGGGAUAAUCAUCACCAAGACAGCCACUCUUUGCAGAGGCAGGGGUUCUGUUCCACCCAGGAACCCAGCCAAGAAAGGCCACAAAAUUUAUCGUCUCAUUCUUUCGAGCCAACAGCUCAAAACCCGUUUUCACCUUCUAAAACCCAGGACAAUUUUCAAAGCUUUCCCAUGAGUGUCAGUAAUCUCCCAUCUGUGUCCUCCAUGUAUCAGCCAAGCAUGUUUAAUUACGAGCGUCCAAAACACUUUAUCCAGUCUCAGAAUACAUAUCAAGGGAAACCACAGCCUCCUGGACCAGAAAACUCUACUGCUACCCUUCCGAGCAGGCAGACCAAGCAGUCUUCCAUUCUAAUCCAGCCUUGUAACCCUAAUGAGAAGAAGUUUUCUUCCUCCUCAUCGCUGAGCUCGCCAAUCUCACUCUCCUCGCCUUCAUAUAGCGCUUCCUUUCCCGUAACACCUGCAUCUGCACAGUCUCCUGCUAGCUCCUCAUCUGGGCAGAGGACUUCAUCCAUGCAUAACCAGUCCCCUGCAGCAUUCCUUUGCUCCGUCUUGCCCUCCCACUUUGAUUAUAAUAGCCAAGGGCCAUCCUCAGUGGAGUCAAAUUAUUCAAAGCCCAUGUACAAGAAGCAAACCAGCAGCCCCAAACAAGUGCAGAAGACGUCAGACAGAGAGAUACAAGGAACGAAAGACGCCCUCAUUCAAGAUUUGGAGAGGAAACUCAAAUGCAAAGAUAACCUUCUCCAUAACGGGAAUCAACGUUUAAGCUACGAGGAGAGAAUGGCUCGCCGGUUACUUGGACCAGAAAGUGCUGCAUCUGUGUUUCAACCACAGAGUGAAGAAAAUACACAAGACACACAACAGCAGAAUUUGGAAAGCACGCGGCUGCAAGUGCCAACAGCACAAGUAAGGAGCAGGCCAACUUCAAGAGGGGAGAGGAGUGAGCAAGCGUCAAUCCAGGAGAAGUUUUUUCAACCACGCUUUGUGCAAGUACCUGAAGACAUAACAGUUGAAGAAGGACGAUUCUGCAGGAUUGAUUUCAAGGUCAGCGGAUUACCAGCUCCAGAUGUGGCUUGGUACUUAAAUGGAAGACUGGUUCACCCAGAUGAAUUUCAUAAAAUGAUUGUAUCUGAAAAGGGCUUCCACUCAUUCAUUUUUGAAGUUGUCCGAGUUUAUGAUGCUGGAACCUGGGAGUGUGUGGCUUAUAAUCGUGCUGGAGAAGCUUCCUUUACAGUAAAACUAGACGUUAUUGCCCGAGAACAUCGAAAAGCCCCAGUUUUUAUCUUUAAACCUCAAAGCACAAGAGUCUAUGAAGGGGAUUCAGCCAGACUUGAAUGCCAAGUGUCUGCAAUUCCUCCACCCCAGAUUUAUUGGAAAAGAAAUAAUGAAAUGGUACAGUUCAAUACAGACCGAAUCUGCAUGUUUCAUGAUACCUCUGGAAAGGUUUGCUUGCUGAUCCACAACGUAAAUAAAAAAGAUGCUGGUUGGUAUACAGUAUCAGCAGUCAAUGAGGCAGGAGUGGCAACAUGCCACGCCAGACUGGAUGUAGCUACUCACACGUACAAGCCAGUUCCAAAUCCAAAGCCGUUGAAAGUUAGACCAACUUUUAGCAAAUACCUGGCACUCAAUGGUAAAGGUCUGGAUGUCAAACAAGCUUUCUUUCCUGAUGAAGGGGAGUUUCAACGCUUGGCAGCACAGUCUGGACUCUAUGAGAGUGAUGAACUUUAACUGACAAUAAAGAAAACUACAGUAGUUGCUCUUGCAACACACUUACAAACAGCACAUAGAUGCAAUUAAGUGGUUUGUUGCACUGAUUAGCAAACAUGAUUAAUAUAUUUUUAUUUAUAAAUUAACUCUUGCUGUUAUUUCCUGCUGUUGUGAUUUUACUAAGUUCAAUUUUUAUGAAUUUGUGUGACUGUAGCAGAGGGAAAGCUAAAUUCUUUGUUCUUUUAACAAUAAAGGCCAUGAAACUAGGCCGAUGGGUGAUCAUAUGAGGGUAUGUAGAUUCAGUCACCAGGCUUCUGUUUGUACUUCUUUGUUCAUACCUCCCAUAUUACAAUUUCUGCAGGCUGAAUACUAAACAUAAAUAUGAGUGUUUUUAAUUAAAGUGUUAUGUCUAAUGCAAAUAAAGUUUUAAAUACAAGAUC